AUGAGUUCUUUAAAGUGGAUUCAGUUGCUAGUCAUUCUGGCGACAUGCUGUGCCGAAGAAGGAGAGUGGAGUGAAGACGCGGAGGACUUAGUAUCGACGGUGGACGUUGAUGCGGUACUUGGCCGAACAGCUUCGUUACCUUGUGACGUCACGCCCGACACGAAUGAAGACCGCGUGUAUAUGGUGCUCUGGUUCAGAGCAGGAAAAAUAACUGGCGGCAAACCAAUAUACAGUUUCGACGUCCGGGGCCGGUCGUUCAACAAAGCGCUUCAGUGGUCGGACCCGAACGUUUUCGGGCCGCGCGCUUACUUCGCGACCGUGGCGCGCCCCGCUUCACUGACCCUGGACACCGUGCAGUUGGACGACGAGGGGGUCUAUCGCUGUCGCGUCGAUUUCAAGAACUCCCCCACGCGGAACUUCCAAAUACGGCUCUCCGUUAUCGUUCCUCCUCAUCAGCUCAUUUUGUACGAUAAGUCGGGGAGAGACGUAUCUGGUGUUGUGGGACCGUUGGAAGAAGAUAAUGAACUAGUUUUAAUCUGUGAAGUUAGAGGAGGGCGUCCUGCACCAACAGUGGUUUGGCUUAUCAAUGGAACGCCCGCCGUUCAAUUCAUAGGCGAGAAAACGGACACGCACGUUGUAGUAAACCGUUUGGAAUUGCCACACAUCAAGAGAUCUCACUUGAAUACGACUUUUAAGUGUCGCGCUUCAAACACUAAUCUAGUCAGCCCUCAAGAGAAGACGGUGAGGCUGGAAAUGAAUCUGAAACCGACUUUAGUGAAGAUUGUUAACAAGCCAACAACGAUGUCUUCUGAGCGUUACGUCACCUUAAUGUGUGUAUCAGAAGGCAGUAGGCCAGCUGCUCAGCUUACUUGGUACAAAAAUAAUAGAAAAAUUAAAAGAGGGAAGGUAAUAGAGGCUGCAAAUGAGACGUGGGUAAGCAGUAAUUUGCAAUUCAUGCCCAUGCCUGAAGACGACGGGCUGUAUCUCAAAUGCCAAGCGGACAAUAGCGCAAUGCCCGGCCAGAGCAUUGAAGAUGCCAUCAAAUUGGACGUUGUGUAUCCGCCUGUUGUUUCGCUGUCAUUAGGCAGCACACUAAACCCACACGACAUCAAAGAAGGCGAUGAUGUGUACUUUGAAUGUUCAGUACGCGCAAACCCAAAGGAACAUCGCAUAACGUGGUACCAUAAUGAGAAGCCAGUUUUGCACAAUGUUGUGUUGGGUGUUAUAGUAAGUACAAAGUCACUAGCGCUUCAAAAAGUGACAAGGGAACAUGGUGGCAACUACUCGUGCAGAGCCACGAACGCCUUGGGUGAAACUGCGAGCCAAACUACACAUCUAAGCAUACAAUAUACUCCUGUAUGUACGCACACAUCUCCGCAAGUUCUUGGCGCGCAACUCGAUGAGACAUUACGCGUGCGAUGUUCAGUCACUGCAAAUCCUCCUGACGUCGUAUUCUUCUGGCAGUUUAAUAAUAGUGGCGAAAGCUUAGAUGUCUCAACGGCAAAAUUUGGAAUAAGUAAUGGGAGUACCAGCGAAUUAAACUACAAACCACAAAGUGAACGUGACUAUGGUACCCUUAGUUGCCGUGGUACUAACUCUGUGGGAAGACAGCUUGAAGCAUGUGUUUUCCAGAUUGUCCCUGCAACUCGGCCCGCGGCACCUCGAAAUUGUUCAUUAAACAACAGCAAUAAUAACACGGAAGGAAAUAACAACUUACUGCAGAUUCACUGCGUCGCCGGCUAUGAUGGAGGACUGCCUCAAACUUUUGUUUUGGAGGCGCUAGACCCUAUCACUAGUAAAACACGUUACACUGAUUCCGUCGCAGAAUCUGGUAAGAAUGGAGCGGCUACGUUCUGGAUAGAUUUAUCACGUAUUUCAUCUGCAAGUGUCUCUGAAAGUAGCACUUUUAAUCUUCUUAUCUACGCUAAAAAUAGUAAAGGAGAAUCAGAGAGAACACUUCUAGAAAACAUAGCUUUCAAUGACGCCGAGAAACAUACAGACGGAAAAGGUGCUAUGGGUAACAUCACGAUGGGAGUGGUUGUUGCCGCUGCCCUUGGAGUCAUACUAGCUAUUCUUAGUAUAGUUCUCGGAGCUUUUUGUACCCGUCGCCGCCGUUCACAUGCACCACACAAGCAUCCUCCAGGUGAUAUGUUGGAGCUAAGCGAUGGUGGCCGGAGAUACGUAGUUGCAUACACAAUAAAGCCAUCUUUGGAAGCAAAAACACCCGAUCCACAACCUGAUAUUUUGAAUGCUCCCGAUAUCGAAAAUCAACCGUCACCUCACAAAACCAUAGAGACUGCAGAAUGGCCCGCCGUAAACGAGCUUCGGGGUGAUUGGGAAAACACUUGUCCAGUAUUUUCAGCUGAUGACUUAGCACUUUUGGAUUCCGCCGUGCAAUCACAUCAGUUAACGCCUGAUCACGAUAAUGUCUCAAGUAACAGACAACAAGACCUCAGGGAGUAUAACGACUUCCACAUUGCAGAGAAACAAAGGAAAAAACUCGGCACGAAGAAGAGAACACGUUUUAGCAGAAAAUUUGCCAGGGCC